CGACGCAAGUGAGCAGUCAAGACGGUCUUGAGUUACAGGAGCUCCAUGUCUGCUUGGAAAAGAGCGAGGUGGCUUUAGGGUUUCCUCUCCUGCAGCGGGCCUCGGGAGAGGCAGGGCCCUGCAGGCCAGCAGGGACAGGAUCCGUACCAUGGGACAAACUGCUAGCAAUGACACAGUGGCCCAGCAACCAGCCCAACACAACACGGAUGAUGAGGUCGACCUGCAACAGAGCAAAACAGGAGGUGAGGAAGGAAACUCCGGUGGGGGAACACCUCCAACCAAACGCAAAGGCAAGUUCUCCAAAAUGGGAAAGAUCUUCAAACCGUGGAAAUGGAGAAAGAAGAAGCCAAGUGAAAAGUUCACUGAAACAUCGAUAGCCUUGGAAAGAAGGAUAUCUGUUAGAAAAAGUCGGCAAGAGCUGAUUGCCAGAGGGGUUUUAAAGGACAUCCCAGAGAAUGAGAGCAAUGACGUUAACCACUCCAAAGCUCCACCAGUGAAAAAUGGGCACCCUGUGCCAAUGGACAUGGACAGAAUGUCAGAACCAGGGGUGCGAGUGUCUCGAGGGGAAUCUGACUUCAAGGGGAAUGCCCUGAGGCCGCCCCAAGCAGAUGACCGUCGUAGCAGAGCGCCAUCAGACGCCUCCCGGAGCAACCGGGCACCUCUGGAUGUGGACUCUCACGCAAGGCUUGCUGUGGAAGCGGACAGACGAAGCCGUCUGCCAUCCGAUGUUGAUAAGAGAGGAGGAUCUUUACCCCGAGGACCUCCACAAGAUGAUAGAUACCGCAGGGAAGAGAGGAGAGAUGGAAAAGAUGACAAGGAGGACAGAAGGAGAGAUGGAAAAGAUGACAAGGAGGACAGAGCAAGAAGGGACUGGCGAGAUGAAAAGGAAAGAGAUGGCGGAGGCGACCGGAGAGAUAGGCGAGAAUGGAGGGAUGACAGAGAGAGGAGAGAUGAAAGACCAGAGAGAGACAAUAGAGAAAGGAGGGAUCGCGAUGAGAGGGAGCGCAGAGAUCCUGAUGAAAGAGAACGCAGAGAUCCUGAUGAGAGAGAACGCAGAGAUCCUGACGAGAGAGAACGUAGAGAUCGGGAUGAGAGAGAAAGGAGAGACCGGGAUGAGAGAGAACGUAGAGAUCGGGACGAGAGAGAACGUAGAGAUCGGGACGAGAGAGAACGUAGAGAUCGGGACGAGAGAGAGAGGAGAGAUCGAGAUGAGAGAGAGAGGAGAGAUCGGGACGAGGAUAGGGAUCGGAGGCUUGAGAGGGAAAGGAGAGACAACAGAGAUGACAGAGAACGAGAAGACAGGGAGAGGAAAGACGUGCGAGUAGAAAGAGACGAUAAGGACAGGAGAGAUGACAGAGAGAGGAGAGAGGACAGGGACAAAUGGGAUGACUGGGCCAAGAGGAAUGAUCGAGAGCGACGAGAAGACCGGGAAAAGAGGGAGGAGAAGGACAGGAGAGAGAAGCCCGAGCCUCAGCGGUCAGUGGAUGAGCCGCGGCCUGUAGGUAGGCCCGUCUCUGAGAUAGAUUUGCGGCCUCCUCUACAGAAGAGCUCCUCAGAGGACAACAAGAGGACGCGCCCAGCCUCUGAGUCUGACAGGAGGAUCACCCUGCCCAGGUAUAUGCCGGCUGCAGAGUUCAGAGAACGAUCAGAGUCCACUGGUGUCCGCUUCGCCCCUGACCCUCGUCCACCACAAGACUCCCAGCAGGAACCUCCCCCACCCAAACAAGCACUGCUCCCCCCUAAGUUUCUCACCACACCCUCCACUGACUCCAGCAGGAGUUCAACCCCCUCCUCUUCUUCAUCCUCCUCCUCUUCGUCCUCUUCUUCCUCCUCCUCCGCUGCUGUAGCCAUAGCCAAGCCACCGAGGACAGUCUCCUUAAUAGUUGAAGACCCACCACGAUCCCCCCUCAUUGCUCCUUCCUCAGCUGACUCUGAUACGCCACCCCCUGUCCCUCCUCACGCCAAGCAGCCUCCCAUCCCUCCACCCAAACCCACCAACCGCAACAGCAACCCUGCACUGCUUGCUUCCUCAUUGAACAGGGCUUCUAAGGUCAGGCAGCCCUGUUACUGGACCAGCUGGACACGCCAGAGUGAGCUUGGCCUCUACCUUUCUCUACCUGUGUACCUGCGGCACAGAGCCGGCCAGAGCUGCUCAGCUGAGCUUUCACAGCCUGGCAGCGGCAUCAUCAUAGUGCCAGCACCUGCUAAGCGCUCGCCGCCGACUCCACCAAAGAGGAUGACCCCUGUCACCAAGCGUCACUCCGUGGACCCGUCUCCUCCCAGUCAGGUCCCAGAGUCUCCCACCACCGACCCGGCGACUGCCCCUGCACUGAUGCCCCCUGCUGUCCUUAAAGGAGAUAACAACGAGGACAAGACAACUGUCGCAGCUCCUCAAAUCUCUUCCGAGCCUCUGCCUUCACCGCCAUCCCACAUCCCUCCGUCUCCCCCCAGAGUUCAGUCACUUCAGCCACCCAGCAGCUCCUCUUCUGGUCCUGUGCCCACUGUGCAGACGGAUCCCCCCAGCCCGACCACUGAGCCCCCCAGCCAGCCUCCAGCAAUCCCGCUACACAUCCUCAUCCAGAGAGCUCUGGCCAGCCCCGGCCCAGCUCAGCCCAGCCCGGACGGCUCCCAGAGGGCCCACUCAAUGCUGUUUGAGUCUCCUCUGGACAUCCUCACUGAGGCGGGGGGUAACUCACGCCACUCGCUCCCCAUCACCAUCGAACCUCUCAGGCUGCCAGAAGACGAUGACUUUGACAUGGAGGAGGAGAUGCGGAAGCUUCAUCCUCAGAGGCCUCCUCGCCAGCCUGAGCUGGAGCCUCGCAGCCGGAGGGGUUUAGUCGGAGAGAUCAGAGUAAGUUCGAUCCCAGAGGUAGGAGGCUCCGGGGACGGUGAGGAUACUGACUCUGACGGCCCCAUCCUGUACAGAGACGACGACGAAGAUGAUGACGAUGACAGCCCUCCAAGUGGACUGGCAAGCCGUGUGAAGAGGAAGGACACGUUAGCCCUGAAGCUGGAGAGACAGGAGAGACAGGAGAGAGAGGAAAGGGACGCUCAGGAGAACCAAGACAGCAUGAGCUGGCACAACAGGGAGCAGUGGUUGGCAGUGAGGAACAAGAUCGGCACGGCACUGACACGGCGGCUGAGUCAGAGACCAACAGCAGAUGAGUUGGAGCAGAGGAACAUCCUUCAAGCCAAGAACGAAGCGGAUCGACGGUUAGAGAGAUGCGAGAUCAAACGGAGGCUCACGAGAAAGCUGUCCCAGAGGCCCACGGUGGCUGAGCUCCAGGCCCGGAAGAUCCUGCGCUUCCACGAGUACGUGGAGAGCACCCACGCUCACGACUACGACCGGCGAGCAGAUAAACCGUGGACUAAGCUCACUCCUGCUGACAAGGCCGCCAUCCGCAAGGAGCUCAAUGAAUUCAAGAGUAUGGAGAUGGAGGUUCACGAAGACAGCAGGAUCUAUACCCGGUUUCAUCGGCCUUAGCUGCACACGCCGACCUGCAGAGCACUUAAAAGUGUGGGAAGUGAGUCGGUCUCCACACUGUGAACUGAACACGUGGCCUGUUUGGUCUGUUUCUCCUGCCUGCUAGCCUGCUUCAGCCGACUGUCGCUGAUUACUGGAACCAAAGAAGCCACGAAUCGGUUCAACCCACGGCUGCAGUUCUCGGACUGUGGAGGAGUUUGAUGGUGCGUCCAUGAUGGAGGCACUCUGGUGCCAACACUGAACAAGUGAGAAUCCCCUCCUCCUCUCUCUGCCGGGGGCUCAGAUAGAUUGAACUGAAAGGAUAACUGUUGGAGUGUUAUCACACUGUCUCCCUCGGGGGAAACCACUCUCCCCAUGCCUUUACCUGCCUUCACAUUCGAUUAUCUCCCUUCCCUGCAGAACAGGAAAACUAUGCACAUAAAGAGAUCAUUGUAGUUACUAUUAACACCUGUUUAAACUUGUUAAUACGUAUGUGUUUGGUACUGCAAAUGUGUACCCUGAGGUGCCACACACAGGCCUUACUCCCCAUGAUCUCACACUGUCGGACAAAAUGUGAAAGACUUCUGUUCCGCAGCGUUUUUCUUAUUUAAAACUGAAUAGAGUUUGAGCUCUGCACGACCCUCAGAGCCCUGAUUCCAACCUAAUAUCUGAAAAGUGUGCAUUUUACUGUAUUAUUUUUUUGAUCAUUUAAAUGGAGCACAUAUCUCUAGAUUUUUUUUUCUAAUAAGGCACCUUAUGUUCCUUUAUUGGGUGUGUAGGAAAUUUAAAAAAAGUUCAGAGCCUCUAAUUCUAUGUUUAUAAUGAAUUAUUCAAGCUGGAAAAUGUACAUAUUUUUAUUUUCCUGGCUGUUUUUACGGUUCUUUAUAUAUGCACGUCAAUAGCCGGCUGCAGUUGUAUAGAUCAAUUAUGUAGAUUUGAUUGACUUUAUAUAUUGUACAUCCACAUUAAUGCUGACAUUUUAAUUGUAAAGUAUUUCUCAGAUGUUAUUUCCAAGUAGUAAUGGUACUUUUUUUUGAUACAGAGAUCUUUAAAAAAAAAUGUUGUUGUUUUUUUUGCAAAGCACACUGUAUAAAUGAGCAAUCCACUAAGAAAUUAAAAUAACCUGU